AUGGACACUGCGAAGCCCAAGCGCGCGGGUCGGCGGCGCGCGGUUCUUGGCGUACGAGGCGAAGAGAAGAAGGAGGAGCCGAGGCGCGCGUCUAGGCACGAGAAUGCGCUCGACGCCUCGCUCUUCGUCUCUCCGCUGAGGCUGACGGAGUGGGAGCGCGACCCUCUGUCUCUGUUUCAGGACUGCGGCGGCAAAGAGGAGGAAGCGGGGCGCAGGUUAGAGGUGUUUGGCGCUCGGCCCUCGCCCCGCGCGUUGGCGUCGGCCUUCUCUCCGAGAAGCCAAGACGGCGGGAAGACCAAGCGGAGGCGAAAACCGUCCGCCGGCGCCGCAGUCUCUUCCCGCGAUUCCUCGUCUUCUCGUCUGAAGCGCAGCGAAAGUAAAGCCUUUCACAAGCCCGCUGCUGUUCGUAAACCCCGUCUCCAACUUCGUCAUCCUUCUUCCUCUUCUUCUGCCGAAAAUAUCUCCGUCGAUGCUUCUCCAUUCUCUCCCACGUCCUACUUUCCUCACUCUCGGCCGCCGCCCGCUGAGGAGACUUCUUCGGUUUUCUCUCCACUUCCUCUCGUCGCUCCCUCUUCGUCGUCUUGCCGGUCUUCCUCUCACUGCUCGUCACCGUCUUCGUCUUGCUCCCCUUCUGCGCUGAUUUCUUCCGGUAACUUGCCUUCUUCGCCCUUGACAGCGCAUGACCGCCGGCUGAGAAAGGCAGAGAAAGGCGAAGGAGAAGAGGGAUUCUUUCGAGCCCGCUCCCCCACGCGGCUUCUGCGGAGACUGUCCCUGAAAGGCGACUCCUCGAAAUCAUGUGAAACGUUGUACGCCGUCUCGCCCACAUCCAAGGCUCUCGCGGCCGCCAAAGAAGGGCUCGCAGAGGAGAUCUCGCCCUCCCCCGCGGGUCGCCGUGAGGAGCCCGGAAGGCUGCGCUCCGGAUCCGGACGGGGACUGACGCGUCUCUUCUCGUCUCCCUGGGCUCUUCCGUGGCGCUCGCGGGAAGGCAAGGCGUUGUCGGGCGCGCCGGCACUUCAGCGAGUGCGAAAUGAAGAGGUCAAGAAACGGGGCAGAAACCGGUCGCUGCCGCCGCUGCGCGCGAGCGAGACUUGGCAGAGGAGCGCGUCUCUCUCUCCCACGGCGCGCCUGCAGUCGUUAUCGCCCUCGUCUGCGGCUCCGCUCGCGAAAGCUCGCGACCUCUGGCGUCGCCUCAGCAGAGCCAGGAGCGCCGGCGCGGCCUCGUGGGCGCCUCCUGGCUCAGCCCCCGCGGUCGGAGGCGAGGGAGACUGCCCAGGAGGCGCACAGAGCGGCGCACGCCUCUCGGCGUCGGAGGUCAACUCCGGGCGCGCCCGAUCGUGGACCCAUGGGGAGGCGAAGUUGUACGAGUCGCACUUCAAGGCCGGAGAGCCCGAGGGCGACCGCGCGAACACCGCCGCGUCCGCAGGGGCUUCAUCCUGCGGUCGGUACCAGUCUCUCCCCACGAGGGACACUUUCGGCUCGCCUCUCCCGUGCUCGUUUCCGUUGCCAAUCUUCGCGACGACUGGCCGUCCUGGAGCCCUCGGGGGUCUGUCGUCUGUCUCCGACGAGGGGCUCUGGAAAGCGACCGCGUGGGGCGGGGACUCGACUCCGGACUCUCUGUGCUUCGCCUCGCUUCCCGGGGGGUUGGAGGACGAUCUGAAAAAGCAAGGAGGGAGCACGUUCAGCAGCAGCAGCACGCUGGCGUACACGACAUGCGUCCAGUCGCUCGAGGAAGACCUCGUCGGGGCGACGCAGCCCCUCGACGGAGGCCGAAACGGCGAGCGAAGUGGGGCCCUGAGACGCGGCUCGAGUGAGGACGCAACCCUUGGUUGCGUCUCCACAGGCUUCCUCGCGCAUCGCGCGUCUCUGUCUCUCUCGCCUCGCUUUCUGUCCGCGGAGGAAGAGGCGCCCAAGGGCAGGUGUGCUGUCGCGCUCAAUAGAAAUCGGUACGAUGGCAUUAGCCCUUCUCUUCUCCGAUCUCUCUCGCCCGAGCCCAUCCGCAGGGGGGCGUCUGCUGCCAUCCACUGUCCGCUCCAGUCCUCGGCGGUCCCCGGCGAGCCGGGUCAGUCUGCUGCGCCGUCCGCAGUCGCAGCUGCAGCCCAAGACUCGGCCGACAGGCCCAGCGGCUCUGUCCGCUCCAGAGACGACGCCGCACCCUCUGCGGACGCGAUCGAGACCGAGUUGGGGGCCCAGGCGGAGGCGCUUCAAGAAGAAGGGAGCCAGGCUCAGCAGGACGAAGAGCGAGACGCACGCGUUGCGCGGCUCCAAGCGGCCAUGGUGGCGCUGUGGUCGCUGCAGGGGGACGAAGAGGCCCUGCGGUUUCUGUCGAGGCAAGCGUCGCAGUUCCUGGCAGCCGGUCGCCGCGGCGCAGCCGAGGAGGCGGCAGGCGCGGCGUGCAGCACCCCGAAAGCAGACGAGACCUCAAGUGGGGAAGAGGCGACGUCUGCGCGCCUCUCUGGCGCGGUGGCGGUGACCGGCGCGUCGGAGGCGAAUACUCUGGCGCCGGGGGCACUCACGGGGGAAACGGCAGCGGAGGGCCUGCCUCAUUCGUCUGAGUGUGCGGCGCUGCGGAGGAGCUUUGAAACCGUGUCGAGAGCCCUCUCGUCGCCGGCCUGCCUUUCCGCGUGCCCAUCCUCCCUCUCGGACGAGCCGACUGCGCGUAGGAAGGACCGAAAGGAGGGCGCCGGCUGUGACGACGGAGUCCAGGCAGUUUCAUCUCUGCCGACGAGAGCCGUGUCGGUCGGCUGUUCGCAUCCCCACUCGUCUUCCGCCGUUCUCAAGGGAAGCGGGCGCGAGGCGUCUGCGUCGUGCGCGCUUCUUUCCACGACGGGCGCAAAGCCCGGCGACCCCGUACACAAACCCGUCGCGGCGGUCGCUGCGCAAAGAGACAUCCGGCGAGCUUCCUGGCCGUCGGGGGACCCUCGAAAGAGUCCAACGGCGGGCCGUCGAAGGGCUGCAACAACGGGCGACGACCUCUUCAGGGAGUGUCAAGCUGGUCGCACCGGCGGGGAUGGCGGCGAACGCGCUCGCGGAGACGCGAAGGAGAGGAGUUUGGGUGGGCGGGAGUUAUAUGCGAGGGCCCCGAACGGGGGGAAGGACGGGGGCGACGGACAGCAGGGGCGAGCGACUGAGACGACGCGGACAGGGGAGGCAGACAAGGGGGAGAGCCCAGCAGAAAAGGAGGCGGAGGAGCUGACUGUUUACGUGAUGUCCGCUGUGCAGAGCGCCAUGUCGAGGCCGGGGACGGCCUACGGAGGGAGGCGAACAGAAGACGCGAGCUGCUCCCGAGGGCAGCCCAAAGAGGAGGAACGCACUGUGCGGCUGUAUCGCCUUCUCCUCCAGCUUCAGAGCCUUGCGGACACGCUCAGGGCAACCAUUGGCGAGCAGGACCCAGACAGUGUGCCGCAGGAGGCGGAAAGCGCUGCAGAGCCCGGGACCGAAUCGGCGACAAGGAAGGCGCCGCGAGGUGCGGGACUGCAGACCGCUGGCCAUGUUGGGGUCGAGCAGGGCCGAACGGCGGGCAGCCGUCCCCCUCAAAGGGCGGUGUCCUCUCCCCUGCCCCAGGCGUAUACGAAGGACCUAGAGGCUGUCUCACCGACUCUUCAACUCCAAGGCGAGCAAGAGAAGAAAGACAACUUCUUCCUCGCGCAGGCCUCAACUGCGCCUCCUCCACAGACGGCUUCACCUGCGAAGGUGUGCCAGGCAAAUGUCUGCGUACAAACAGACAACAGUACUACUCAUGGCUCUCUGGAAUCUCCGCAGUCGUGCAAGGGUAUUCUAGACUCUCCUUCUUCUCUUCCUUCCCGUGAUAUCGGAAAACGCGUUCCACAUGUCAGUGCCUCAGCUAGAUCUCCGUCUUUGCCUUCCUCCACCGUUGGAGGGAAGGAUCCUCCUUCAUCAAAAACCUCAGGAAAGCCGCCGGGGCCUCCGCCUGGUGCUGGUAAACCCCCGGGGCCUCCGCCUGGUGCUGGUAAACCCCCGGGGCCUCCGCCUGGUGCUGGUAAACCCCCCGGUCCUCCACCUGGUGCUGGUAAACCCCCCGGUCCUCCACCUGGUGCUGGUAAACCCCCCGGUCCUCCACCUGGUGCUGGUAAACCCCCCGGUCCUCCACCUGGUGCUGGUAAACCCCCGGGGCCUCCGCCUGGUGCUGGUAAACCCCCCGGUCCUCCACCUGGUGCUGGUAAACCCCCCGGUCCUCCACCUGGUGCUGGUAAACCCCCCGGUCCUCCACCUGGUGCUGGUAAACCCCCCGGUCCUCCACCUGGUGCUGGUAAACCCCCCGGUCCUCCACCUGGUGCUGGUAAACCCCCGGGGCCUCCGCCUGGUGCUGGUAAACCCCCCGGUCCUCCACCUGGUGCUGGUAAACCCCCCGGUCCUCCACCUGGUGCUGGUAAACCCCCCGGUCCUCCACCUGGUGCAGGCAAAGCCCCUGGCCCCCCUCCUGGAAAGGCCCCGGGUCCCCCUCCGAGCGCUGCAAACGCGGAGCCGAGUGGACGCUCUGCUGUAGCAGCGAAGAAUGCAUCUUUGCCGCCUGGGGCCGGCAAGGCGCCUGGCGGCAAAGGGCCACCUCCGUCGAAGAAAGCCCCCGGGGGAAGGGACCCCCACCGGGGGGCGGCAAAGGCCCGCCUUUAG